GCUGGAAUUCCUUGUCAUCUUUCGCCAUUUGAUGGUUCACCUUCAUUAUCAGUUUAUCACCUUCAUUAUCACAUAGAAAAUGGAAAUAAGUAGAGCUUAAAUUUGUGGAGGCGCCACCAUCCUCUACAGUCACACAGAGAGAGAUUGAUAGAUUAAUAGAUAUGGCUCUCGUCCAAAGAGCCUCACCAAAACGCCUCCCCAAACUUUUCGGAUUUGCAAAACGGUCCAUCAGGUCCUUGAGAUUCCCGGGUGAGUCCCCCGACUGUUCAUCUUCUCCAACUCUCGCUUAUGGAAUCCACGUCUUCCAUUGCCCGGAUGCAGUUGGGAUUGUGGCCAAGCUUUCGGAGUCCAUUGCUUCUAGAGGAGGUAACAUACUCGCUGCCAAUGUGUUUGUGCCUGAAAACAAGCACGUCUUCUAUUCCAGAAGUGAGUUUAUUUUUGAUCCUGUUAAAUGGACAAGAUCACAAAUGAAUGAGGAUUUCAAUAAGCUGUCACAAAUGUACGCCGCGCAUAGAUCUGUGGUCCGAGUGCCAGAUCAAGAUCCCAAAUAUAAGAUUGGUGUCCUUGCAUCAAAGCAGGAUCAUUGCCUGAUUGAUUUGCUACAUCAGUGGCAGGAUGGAAAACUACCAGUAGAUAUAGCUUGUGUAAUAAGUAAUCACGAGAGGGGUCCAAACACUGGUGUGUGUCGGUUUCUAGAAAGACAUGGUAUACCGUAUCAUUAUCUUCACACGACCGAAGAGAAUAAAAGAGAAGAGGAAAUAUUGGAGUUGGUUCAAGAUACCGACUUUUUAGUCCUUGCGAGGUACAUGCAGAUAUUAUCUGGCAAUUUUUUAAAUAGCUACGGAAAAGAUGUAAUUAACAUUCAUCAUGGUCUUUUGCCAUCAUUCAAGGGUGGAAGACCUUCUAAACAGGCUUUUGAUGCAGGGGUGAAGCUUAUUGGUGCAACAACUCAUUUUGUGACCCAAGAACUUGAUGCAGGGCCUAUUAUUGAACAGAUGGUAGUUGCAAGAGUGUCCCACAGAGAUAACUUGCAGAGUUUUGUGCAGAAGUCGGAGAACCUUGAAAAACAAUGCCUUUCAAGGUCUAUCAAAUCAUACUGUGAACUGCGGGUGUUACCUUAUGAGGAUAACAAGACUGUUGUGUUUUGAGGGAAAAAGAAUAUAAAAUGUGUUGGUUCUUCAACUCUGUUUGUACAUUAUUAUUCUUUGGAAAUGUUGAUCAAUACACAUUUUUCA